AUGCCUCCCAGAUGCUCAGUGGAAGGAGCCGGGGAGUUUGUGUUCCACUACACCAUGGACAAUGGUGUGUGCUACAUGGCUCUUUUUGACAAGAGCUAUCCGAAAAACCUGGCCUUCUGUUUCCUGGAGGACAUUCACCAGCUCUUCCAGCAGGAGUUGCAAAGGGAAUUCGGCACAGGAUCUGUGGACUACAGGUCUCACAUUGAGACCAUUGAGAAGCCAUAUUUUUUCAUCAAAUUUGACCGACAAAUAACAAAGAAGAACGCAGAGUACAGGGAUCCCAAGUCCUCCAAAGCUUUGAGCAAGUUGAACAACAAUCUUCAAGAAGUCUCCAACAUAAUGAGGCAAAACAUCGACGAAAUCUUAAAGCGUGGCGAGAAUCUUGAGUCUGUCGGGCGCAAGGCCAACAGCAUCAAAGAGGAGUCCAAGAAGUUCCGAAACAUGACUGGUCAGCUGAGCUUCCAGACCAUGCUUCAGAAGUACGGAGUCUUCGUGGUGAUAGGGCUCAUGGCGUUUUUGCUGAUUUGCUUCAAGCUCUUCAGAUCCUGA